CAUAACUCAAAUAAUCAUGGUCUUCUCUCCCCAGGUAUCUGGUCCUUGGAACACGUAUCUGGAGGUGAGCUUUUCGACUAUCUAGUCAAGAAGGGACGACUCACACCCAAGGAAGCUAGGAAAUUUUUCAGACAAAUCAUAUCAGCUUUAGACUUUUGUCACAGUCAUAACAUCUGCCAUCGGGACUUGAAACCAGAGAACCUCCUUCUCGAUGAAAAGAGCAAUAUACGUGUGGCUGACUUCGGCAUGGCCUCAUUGCAGGUGGAAGGAUCUAUGUUAGAGACCAGCUGUGGGUCACCUCACUAUGCAUGUCCUGAAGUGAUACGGGGAGAAAAAUAUGAUGGAAGGAAGGCUGAUGUCUGGAGCUGUGGUGUCAUUCUCUAUGCCCUGCUAGUUGGUGCUCUUCCAUUUGACGAUGAUAACCUCCGGCAGCUACUUGAGAAAGUCAAGAAAGGUGUGUUUCACAUUCCACAUUUUGUUCCCAUGGACUGCCAGAACCUGCUACGGGGAAUGAUUGAAGUAGACGCAGAGAAACGGCUUACAUUAGAAGAAGUGAUGCGGCAUAGCUGGGUGCUAGUGGGAUCUAAGCAAGACCUUGAAGCAGAAUUACCUAUGAUGCAAAUUGUACAG